AGUCUUGGACCGUCCGCAUCGCCGUAUGCCCUCCUCCACAUCCUCUUCCUCCUGCCUAUCUCAAACCAGGAUGACAGACUGAUUAACGUGGGAGUACGCAGUUCGCGAUCGGAAUGUUCCUCAUCUUUCCCGGAUUGCUCUACGUGCUCUACGACUGCCUCCUCUACGUCGUGAGGUCGCUCGUGUACACGGGUGCCACUGCUAAGGCGGCUCGGGGGCCGGACGGGAGGGGGAGGGGGAGGGGGAGUGUUGCGAGCUUGAGCGACGGAGAGGAUGGGGAGGACGACGAGGAGGAUGAGAAGAAGGAAAAGCAGGUGACGGCGGCGGCGUGAUCGAUACCCCUUUGCAUCAUUGGUUCGGGCUUUUGGGAGGGCAUGGGA